AUGGAUGAGUUAAAUGUUACCCACAUAACUCUGACUGGAUAUGUGGAGAUGAAUAAAUACAGAUAUCUAUAUUUUUCUGUUAUGUUUACAGUAUAUGUUUUGGUAAUUUGCAGUAAUGCUACUAUUGUGUAUCUCAUCUGGAUUCAUAAAAACCUCCAUGAGCCAAUGUACAUUUUUAUUGCAGCUUUGUUAUGUAACUGUCUUGUUUACAGCACAACUGUUUACCCAAAGCUUUUGAUAGACUUUUUAUCUGAAAAACCGAUCAUCCCAUUAUCAGCUUGUCUUUUACAGUUUUUCAUGUUUUAUUCUGUUGGUGGCACAGAGUUCUGGCUGUUAGCAGCCAUGGCCUUUGACAGAUAUGUGUCAAUAUGUAAACCACUGAAAUAUUCAACUAUCAUGAGAAAAACUACUGUUAAAGUCCUUCUGAUUCUAGCUUGGGUUGUACCAGCUUGUCACAUUGCACCUGAAGCAAUACUCAGUGCUAAAACUAAAAUAUGUAACUUAAAUUUGAAUGGAAUAUUUUGCAAUAAUGCAAUUUUCACACUUCAAUGUACAAAAUCAAGAUCACUUGCUGUUUUAGGGGUUGUUGCUUUAUUAGAUCUUGUCAUACUCCCAAUGCUUUUUACAGUUUUUACAUAUACAAAGAUAUUUAUAUUAUCGUAUCAAAGUUGUAAGUCCUUUAGGAGAAAGGCUGCUGAGACUUGUGCACCCCACCUGAUAAUUUUAAUCAGCUUCUCCUAUUUGGCUGCAUAUGAUGUAACUAUAGCUCGAAUGGAGUCUGAUUUUCCAAAAACUGCACGCUUAAUAAUGACGCUGCAAAUAUUUCUGUAUCAUCCUUUGUUUAAUCCAUUUAUAUAUGGACUCAAAAUGAAAGAAAUUUCUAAACAUCUUAAAAAGCUAUGUUUAACAAGAGUGUAA